AUGAAACUAUUUCUGGUCGUCGUGAGUCUAGCUUUCUGCUAUGCGGAGGAGCCGUUUCAGAUAACUUUGGACUACCAUGAAAGCAUCGGUAUUCCAAAAGCCGGUUUGAUUAAAGCAGUAGAAGAGGGGCUAGAUUUUGACGGAUCCAGAAUAGUUGGAGGGUCACCAGCAAAGUUAGGGGAUCAUCCGCAUUUGGCCGGUCUUCUCAUCACAUUGACAGAUGGUCGCCAAUCAGUCUGUGGGUCUUCUCUUUUAAGUACCACUAGACUAGUGACUGCCGCGCAUUGCUGGACAGACGGUAGAGUCCAGGCCUCCUUCUUCACCGUAGUCUUGGGAUCGGUGAGAUUGUUCUCUGGAGGCACUAGGAUCAACACGAACAAUGUGCAAGUCCACGCAGGGUAUAGUACGUGGAACCUUAACAAUGACGUCGCUGUCAUCGUUAUAGAACCGGUACAACUAAGCAAUACAAUAAGUCCCGUCAAAUUAGCGACAGGGUCAAACAAUUUCGUUGGAGCCUUCGCGACAGCUGCUGGAUUUGGAAAAACAAGUGAUGCUAGUGGCGUGAGUCAAACACAGAACCAAGUGAUUCUCCAAGUGAUAACGAAUCAAGCAUGUGCAACGACGUAUGGCUCCAGUGUCAUAGUGUCGUCAACUCUAUGCGUCAGCGGUAGCGGUGGUAAAAGUACAUGCGGUGGUGAUUCUGGUGGUCCACUAGUCGUUGGUAGCGGAAGCGAACGUCAAUUGAUUGGAAUAGUAUCGUUUGGGUCUUCGCGCGGGUGCCAAUGGGGCUUUCCGGCUGGUUUCGCGCGAGUCACUGCCUUCGCUUCCUGGAUACAAGCACGCAUGUAA